CGCGGACCAUCGGCCACCGGGUGGGCCAAUGCGCCGUGAGGUCUAUGCGUUAUUGUCUUGCACUGUCCUCGCGCGUGUUAACGCUCGCUAUUGAUCCGCGAGUGUAGAAUCACUCACGCGUGCGGUGUCUGCGCUAUGCUCUGGAUUGCGCUACGCAUGAUGGUCCCUCAUUCCUCUCUCGCCGCGGCGCUGCAUUUAUGCUCACAGCGCCAGAGCACCAACCACCUCCGUCAUUGGAUCGCACAUGCGCUAUUGUCUGCGCGGAGAAACGUCAGCUGGGUCCUCCCGUGCAGUCACCCACGAAAACAAAAGACAUGCAUCCCGCCUGGACUGGGAAGCAAUGUGUUCAGUGUGUGCCUUGCGUUCUUGAUUCAGCGGUUUGCCUUCCGCCCUAUUGUUUUCCAUGGGUCACGUGAUACCUUGGAUGGGGAAGGACCGACGGUUGUAGGUGCUUGUGUCGUGCAUUCGUUCAUGUGGGAGCGUGGCUUAUGCUGUGGGGCCACCUUGUGUGUCUUUACAUAAUGACCUGAAGGCCGCCCGAUGACCGAGACUGACCGAAGUGCACUGACACGCCCAGUGGCCCGACCUC